GUGGGUUUUGUUCCGUCCAUCUGCAACUAUAGAGGGAAAGAGUAAACUUCUUCCUUAGUUGGGUUGAAUUGGUAUUACGCAGUUCCAACUUGAGUGGGAACUACUUUGACACGUUCUUUUAGUCUCUAAUAACGGAUCAGAAACGGAAUCAGUCAGUUAGCUAAUUGCAAACGUGCAGUUCGGCAAAAUUUGCUUAAUAAGCUUGACUGCUUCUCUUAAGUCGUCUUUCCUUUUUCAAUUAAAUUUAAGUAUUUUUCGAAAGAAACACCAUCUCCUCUCGUUUUUGUUUAUUUCGAUCAUUCCGAAGUAUUGACUCGUAAUUAUACCCAUAAUCGAUACCCAUAAUCGAUCUUUUUCAAUAUUUCUUCUUUAUAAUUCUUUCGCUUAUUAAUUUGAGCUUUCUACUCCUCUCCUUCUUGUGUGUAUAAUAUAGUGAAACAAAAGAAUGGCAGCAUAUGAUAACGCGUUCGGUUACAUUCCAGCUGGUUGGUUGGCAAUUAUCGCUGUCGUUUUCUUCAGUAUUUCUUUCGUCCUUCUUAUAGCGUCGUUGGUGAUCUAUCGGCACCUUUUAAUUCUUGUUCCUAUUAUUGGAACAGCCGGUGAAAUUGCUGGUUGGGCCUGUCGUAUAAAUGCUCAUUACAAUCCAAAUAACUAUGACGACUUUUUGGGUCAAAUCAUUUCCCUCAUUAUUUCACCCGUCUUUUAUUCUGCUGAAGUGUAUGUCUUGCUUUAUCACUGGGUGAUGCUUUAUGGCCCUCGUUUUUCCCUUCUCAAGCCAAAGCUAUAUGCAAUUCUUUUCAUUACUUUUGACAUUAUCGCUCUCGUCUUACAAGCAGCUGGUGGUGGUAUUGCCGGUGGUGCAAAAGAGGGUUCAAAAGAACAAGACAAGGGCUCCAACAUUAUGCUUGGUGGAAUUUGCUUUCAACUCUUCAGCACUCUUUUGUUUUCGAUUUUGGGAUUAUUUUUUGCUGCAGCGGUUUGCAAAGGUAAGCCUGUAAGACCUGGUCCCAGCAUGACAGAUACUCCUCGUUCUCGAUCCAGAGAUGCCUGCUUUGUAAGUUUAUGUUUAGCAACUAUAGCAAUUCUCGCUCGUGCUAUCUAUCGCGUUGUAGAGCUUUCAGGAGGUUGGGGCGGUAGUGUCAUCACUCACGAAGUAUGGUUUGGUGUUUUCGACUUUAUUCCAAUGAUUCUAGCAUCCCUAUUUCUAGUGCCGUCUAUCUGUCCAGCACUUCAAUCCAAAUCUGGUGGUGCAAAAGAAAACGCCUCGAUUCAUCAAACUGAUGUUUCGGAUCAAGGCGAAAAGGGUUUAUCUUCUUCUGAUAUAAAUAUUUAAAUUUCUUCUUAUAUCCCCUUUUUAUACCAUGACUCGUCCAGCAAACAAAAAGUUUUGUUUAAUUGAUAUCUAGUAUAUAUAUAUAUAUAUAUAUACUCCGAUCACCUGAUUUUUUAAUAAUUUAACAGCUGAGUAUAAACUGGCCUGAUUUUUUUUUAAUUACUAUGUAUUAAUUUACUUAUUCCCCUAGAAGUUUUUUUUUAUGAGACUAUGACAGGGGCAUCAAUUUAGUCUCGUCAAGGUCAUUUACGUACUCUGAAUUAAAAUAUUCUUUCUUUUUCGAAGUCUAUUACAGCUAUCAAACGCUGCUUACAGGAAUUAAUAACACUAAACUAAAUUUUUCUUUACUGCUAGUACCAGUUUAACCUCUUUAUUUUGGGGAUAGAUUGAAAGUUAUUAGUUUAGGUUGACACCCUACAUGAUAUAAUUUUAGCUUGCUUUUGUGGUUAUUGUAUGAUUUUCCGAAUGAUUCUUACACAAGUUUGUCAUCACAUGUAAAAAGCUUUUCUCGAAACGAAUUUUUCGUAGAUUUCAAAGUUUAGAGGUGAACUUAGGCUAUUUACAAACGAAAAUGAACAAUAACAUGUGUUCCGAGAUAAAAUAAUAAAUAUACAUUUAUGAUUAUGAUUAUUUUAGACCAAUUUGUUGUUCCAUAUUUGAAACUUUUUAUAUUGCAACCAACUCCUAAGGACUAUCAAUUCAAUUGCUUGUCUCUAAAUUUGCGACCAAAUUCUCUAUAUAUUAUUAAGAUCAACUAAGGUAGAGAGGCUCUUUUUUAUAUCUUUGGAAUUCCCUUUCUUAAAUUAAUCUACCUAUUAGAAGCAUAUAGGUCUAAACGGAGUAAUAACUAUUAAUUUUUGUU